AUGCCCGUCGUCCCGCCCGAGAAGCUCAUCAAGCUCCAGCAUGCCGCUGAUGGCAUAAGGAACAUCUGCAUCCUCGCCCACGUCGACCAUGGCAAGACCUCGCUGUCAGAUGCCCUCAUUGCUACAAAUGGCAUCAUCUCACCGAAGCUGGCCGGUAGGAUACGCUACCUCGACUCAAGGCCGGAUGAGCAGCUCAGAGGUAUCACCAUGGAAUCUUCUGCCAUCUCACUCUACUUUUCCCUCCUGAAGCGUUCUGCGCCGGACGCUGCUCCCGAACAAAAAGAAUACCUUAUCAACCUGAUUGACUCCCCUGGACACAUCGACUUCAGUAGUGAAGUCUCGACCGCUUCAAGAUUGUGCGACGGUGCCGUCGUCUUGGUAGACGCCAUCGAGGGUGUUUGUAGUCAAACUGUUACCGUUCUGCGACAAUGUUGGAACGAAAAGCUCAAGCCUUUGCUUGUCAUCAACAAGAUGGAUCGUUUGAUCACUGAAUGGAAGAUGGGCCCCCACGAAGCCUACAUACAUCUGAACAAGACUAUUGAGCAAGUAAACGCUGUCAUGGGUAGUUUCUUCCAAGGUGAGCGCAUGGAGGAUGAUUUACGCUGGCGCGAGAGGGUGGAAGAGCGAGUCAGCGCAAAAUCCACGAAAGAUGCCGUUGUCGACGAUGAUACCAGUGUCUCUACCUCUGACAUCCCCGCCGAGUACGAAGAGAAGAGUGAUGAACAUAUUUACUUUGCUCCCGAGAACAACAACGUCAUCUUCAGUAGCGCCAUCGACGGAUGGGCCUUCACCCCUCGUCAGUUUGCCGCAAUCUACGAUAAGAAGCUCGGUAUGAAACGCGAGAUUCUAGAGAAGACAUUAUGGGGUGAUUUCUAUCUCGAUCCCAAGACCAAGCGAGUGCUUGGGAGUAAGCACUUGAAGGGUAGGAACCUGAAGCCCAUGUUCGUACAAUUGGUUCUCGAGCCCAUCUGGGCUGUUUACGAAGCGACCACUGGCGGCGACCAAGGAAAAGGUGACCCAGCCCUCCUUGAGAAGAUCACUAAGUCUUUGAAUCUCACCAUCCCUCAACAUGUCAAGCGAUCACGCGACCCUCGUGCUCUUCUGACUACAGUUUUCGCGAGUUGGCUACCUCUGUCCACUGCUCUACUAGUGUCCGUGAUUGAACAUCUGCCAUCUCCUGUCAAUGCCCAAGCAGCACGCAUUCCACCACUCCUGGAGGCUUCACCAGGUGCUUCUCACAUCGACCCGAAGGUGACUACUGCUAUGACAGAAUCUAGAAAGUCGACAGAAGAGCCCGUCGUGGCAUAUGUCAGCAAGAUGGUAUCGGUUCCUGAGAGUGAAUUGCCAAUCAAUAAGCGCCGUGGUGGUGCACUUACUGCAGAAGAAGCUCGCGAGUUGGGUCGCAAGAAGAGAGCUGAAAUUGCCAAGGCACAGGCCCUUGCGAGCGGCGAGAACGCCGACGUGGACGCUGUUGCUGAUGCCUUGAGCACAGUAGCCAUCGGUGAGGACGAUGCUGUCGACUCUACACUCAACGACGAAGAAGCAGGGCAAGAAGAACGAGAACAUUUGGUCGGUUUCGCGCGUCUGUACUCUGGCACCUUGACAGUUGGACAAGAAGUCUAUGUCUUACCGCCCAAGUUCACACCUGCCAACCCAAGGGCCGCUCCUGAGCCGAAAAAGGUUACGAUCACGGCUCUUUACCUUCUCAUGGGUCGCAGUUUAGAAGCACUCAAUUCUGUCCCAGCCGGAUCCGUUGUCGGUAUCGGUGGUCUUGACGGUGCCAUUUUGAAGUCCGGCACUCUUUGUUCUCAGCUUGAUGGUGCUCCAAAUUUGUCAUCAUCAUCCGCCAUUAACACCAAUGCUCCCAUCGUUCGCGUUGCAGUCGAGCCCGCAUGGCCUGCAGACCUGGACAAAAUGGUCAAAGGCCUGCGUCUGCUCGAACAGGCUGACCCCGCAGUGCUUUAUGAGCAGCUCGAAAGUGGCGAGCAUGUUAUCCUUACUGCUGGUGAAUUGCAUCUGGAGCGUUGCCUGAAAGAUCUUCGUGAACGUUUCGCAAAAUGCGAUGUUCAAGCUGGAGAGGUCAUUGUGCCUUACAGAGAAGGCAUCACCAAUUACGUCGCGUCGUCGACCACAGAGAACAGAGAAGAGAUGAACGCCCCUAAGUAUCCCGAAUUAGGAAGAGGCAGGGUUGACGUUACUACCACUAGCAAACAGAUCACAGUCCGUCUGAGUGUGCGACCCCUGCCUGAGGCUGUCACGCACUUCCUGGUCAAAAACACAGCUGCAGUCAAGAGUCUGUAUUCCGAGAGGAGAGCCGAGCAACAAGAUUCUCCUGUUGUAGACGGGGUUGAGGAGACUGAACAUGAGGCUGGCAACGAUGUGGGCACUGUUGAACAGGGCCGAACACUGUCCAUGGACGAGUUCAAGUCGCGAUUGAGUUCAGCAUUCGCUGAAGUCAAGGGUGAAGAAGAGCUAUGGCAAGAUGCAACUGAGAAGAUUGCAGCCUUCGGACCUCGCAGAACAGGUCCCAACGUUCUUAUCGAUGCCACUCAAGGAGGCAUAUGCGGCAAAUUCCUACGCGACGUGCAAGAGGAGACUGUUGAGACUAACGAUGCUGACGCUCGUCCUGAUCAGCUCCGCGCCCGGGACUUUGUCGACAAGAUCAACUAUGCAUUCCAACUCGCCACUAAUCAGGGUCCUCUGUGUAAUGAGCCUAUGCAAGGUGUUGCAGUCUUCGUUGAAGGCAUUACGAUCAACAAGACCGAUGAUGAGCAGCAGAACAUGGGCCGUCUAACUGGAGAGGUCAUCAAAUCCACACGUGACAGUAUUCGUCAAGGUUUCUUGGACUGGAGUCCGCGUCUGCUACUCGCCAUGUACAGUUGCGAGAUCCAAGCUUCUGCAGAAGUAUUGGGACGCGUGUACGCAGUCAUCACUAGACGCCGUGGACGCAUCAUCUCAGAAUCGCUUCUUGAACCCUCACCCAACUUCACCAUCUUGGCCCUGUUACCCGUGGCCGAAAGUUUCGGAUUCUCGGACGAGAUUCGCAAGCGAACAUCAGGCGCAGCCAGCCCUCAGCUUGUCUUUGAAGGCUUCGAGAUGCUGGACGAAGAUCCCUUCUGGGUACCGAGAACUGAGGAAGAAAUCGAAGACCUUGGAGAAAAGGGUGAUCGCGAGAAUGUCGCCAAGCGCUAUGUCGACACUGUUAGAGAACGCAAGGGACUCUUUGUUCAACGAAAGGUUGUAGAGCAUGGAGAGAAGCAAAAGACACUGAAGCGCUGA